CUCGUGUAGCGGCAGCUUUGCCAUUUUUAGGUACAGAGGCCAAGCCGGUCGGAGCAGCCGCUGUGUUUUGCAGAAGCAAGGGCCGGCGACUGGAUGUUUCCCUGCCGCUUGCAGUGAAAGAUGGCUGAUCUCUGCAUGAGGUUCUGGGUCCUCCAGGCAAACCUCUGGCUGAUGGCUCUGGUCACAGGUGUGAUCUCAGCAGACAACAACAGCACCAGGAACAGCACAGGCGGUGGGUGCUCUGUGGUGCAGCAGCACCCGCGCUACAUAGCAGCCAAGAAGAACAUGCCCGUCCACUUCAUCUGCUACUCUCAGGAGCCCCACAACAUGCAGUGGUACAAAACGUCGGAGGACAGUGAUGAACUCUAUGAGUUGGACCACAGCACCUCCCGCUACAGCAUUGAGAGGAAACACAACCUCAUCAACUUCACCAUCUUCAGGAUCAAAUAUGAGGACAACGGCAUCUACGUGUGUGAUAGCAAGAACCUCACGGCAGAGAAGAAGUGGCCGCGCCUGUGCGGGACGGAGCUCAGAGUCAUGGGUCACAGCAACAUCCAGCAGAUCCAGAGCAGGAACACCCUGAAAGACGCCAUCAUCAUCAUCCAGUCCAUCCUGCUGGUCAUCUUCAUCAGCGUCCCCAUGCUCCUCUUCCUAGAUAAAGGUGAAGGCAAGGAAAGCCCGGAGGAGGACCACACCUAUGAGGGCCUGGAGGUGGAGCAGAUGGCCACCUAUGAGGACAUCACUCCUUUCCGGGACGUGAAGGCCAAGUGGACAGUUGGGGAACACCCCGGCGAAGAGUGAGGGGGUCCUGCACCCACCACCAGGCUGGCACCGGCGGCACGGCUCCGUGCCAGCACCCUGCUGGCACCCGUGGGGACGGGCCCCUGGCUCCUGCCCUGGACCACAGCUCUGACAGGCACCUGGAUCCCGGGCUGCAAGCCACCUCCGGCAGCCUUGUGCGGAGCUCGGGUCCUGCUGCCCUUGGGUGCUCGCUUUGCCAUGUCCGGGCUGUGGCCACCAAGGCUGCUCUACCCCGGCUGUCGCUCUUACCUCCCCGCUGAUGAACCUCGAAAGCCUAUGUAGAAAUUAGGAGUCACCUGCAGUCCCCCCCCCCGGUAGCAAACUGGCCCCAAACCCCAGGCAACCCCACCCCACGGUGCUGAGCUCCUGCAUGGUUAAUGCAAUGGAAGUACCGGGGUGGGUGGUGGGUCUCUUCCAAGCCCACCUGGGAUGGAGAGGACCAGGCAUGCUCACUCUCCAUGCUGUAAGGACCCUCCUGGGCUGUGAGAAACCGCUGCAGCCCUGGCAGAGGAGCCAAGGUGAGCAGCACCACAUGGGUGCUAUGAGAAGCAGAUUUUUGGGCCACUGUUUAGCUCUCAAGCCAGAGGCGUGCCCAGCAGGCCGAGCUGGCAGUUGUCUGAGACGGAGGAUCCUCCAAAAGCACCUCUUUCUCCCCAAAGACUACAGGAAAAGCUGGGAAGACAGCUCUCGCCCAGAGGGUCUUGCGCAAGUCUUGCUCCUCUCCAGGCAAGAGCUGGCCUGUGUCAUGAGGACGUCCCCUUGGUGAGGGACAUGUCCAACCUCAGAACCUACGGGAAGGAUGUAAAUUGUGGGACAUAAAUGUCCAACCGCUUUUAGAAGUUCUAAUAAAAGUAAUGGGUAAAUUCACAUCCCACUCCGUCCUGCCGUGCCUGCUCUGGGAGUGUCCCAUAACUCCGGUCCCAGGGUCAGUGGGAUGCCCUGGGAAUGAGGAGCAGCUUUUCAUGGGUCCAGCUUAGCUGGAAACCAAAGUCCGCCCCGCCAGGGCCCCGAGUGCAGGCAGGGACGUGAAGCCAAGAGUGGCCAUGGGGCUAUCCUGGAAGCUCUCGCUGAGCACGCAUCAGGGGACCUCACAGUCCCAAGAUGUCAGCUUGGGAUGAGAGACAAAGACCAUCACCAGGAAGCGAAGCAGGAGAACAGGGCCCAGGGCCAGGAACUCCGCUCUCAGCUACAUCUGGUCUUGCAAGAGAAGCUAAAAAAAACAUCUGGAGAGGAACAGAGCGACGCUAAUUGGUUUUGUGAAUAAAAACUAUCUUGGGACAGCAGCAGCAGCUGGGUGGGUGAUGGGGCUCGGGGCUGGCUGGGCACCCAACGCCGGGGCUCGAGGGGUGCGGGGAAGCACAGCUAGCACAGCGCCGUGGGUUUGGGGGUUUGGCAGGAUGAGGGGGGGACAAGGACUGUGGGGCUGAAAGUCUUCUCCCCCUCAGAGAACCCCUACAACUUGCGACGUUUUGGGCCCCAAGACAGGACCGCUCCACUUCCCAAAACAGCCGGCAGAAAAGGGAGGGUAAAAUCACGAGCAAACAGCUUUUCAGCAGGGAACAGGAUGGUUCUUGUUUACCAGUAAACCACCUUCAUGGAAAACUGGAAUUCAAUCUAAAUAGCACAAAACUGGCAUUUUAAGGUUGAUUUUUACUAGUUAAAUAAAACUAUCCCAAAUUAGUUGCAUGCACAUGUAUAUAAAUGUUACUUACACAUGUUUUACUUAUAAAAUUAAUUAAAGAAAAGAGCAUUCACAGUGAGACAAGUGAACUGGCUGUUCCCGGUUUCCAUCUCUGCCAAGAUUUUAGGACUAGCAGAGCUCAUCCCUCCAUGCCUUGUUUGCAGUUACGAAAUGGAAGAGGAAGGCAAAUUUUCUGGCCUUCCCAGCUCCCAACCACUUUCUCAGCUCCGCAUAAACAACUCACUCAACUGACUUAACCGAAUCACGUGAAAAUAAGGAGAAUCUGCUGUUUGCACCUGGAGAGGAAGCCACUGAUGUCAAAAGCAGUUUCGGCAACCCCAGUUCCGCUCUGCCGCUUGGCUACACUCUUAGCCCAGGGCUUUGGCUUCCUUUAAAAUGCCAGAAGCAAAUAAAUAUUUCUGUAGUGUUUUAUUUUAAAUGCUUAGACUAGUUUCUAGGGAGCCUAAAGAUAGGGUUUGUUGUAAUUUUAUACUCAGACAGGUUUGUAUUUAAAAUGCGUUUAAUGUAAAUAAAUAUAUUUCAGU